GAGUCAGAGCAAAAGGAAGCUGUUGAGUCCACAAGGCCUGGUGCAGGCCACAGAGCCAGCGGCAUCCGAGAAGCUGGCAACAAGAUGCUGGACUGCAGAGCUGCACUACUGCUGUGGCUGCUGCCCUGGACCGCUUGGGGCCUGGCUGUGCCCAGGAGCAGCCGCCCUGACUGGGCACAGUGCCAACAGCUCUCUCGGAAUCUCUGUACACUGGCCUGGGAUGCACAUUCACCAGUAGGGCAUAUGGGUACACUAAGAGAAGAAGGAGAUGAAGACACUAGGAAUGAUGUUCCCCACAUCCAGUGUGGAGAUGGCUGUGAUCCCCAAGGACUCAAGGACAACAGCCAGUUCUGCUUGCAAAGGAUCCAUCAAGGACUGGUUUUUUAUAAGCAGCUGUUGGACUCAGACAUCUUCACAGGGGAGCCUUCUCUACUCCCGGAUGGCCCCGUGGGCCGGCUUCACACCUCCCUACUGGGCCUCAGCCAACUUCUCCAGCCAGAGGGUCACCACUGGAAGAGCCAACAGAUGCCUAGCCUGAGUCCCAGCCAGCAGUGGCAGCGACCCCUUCUGCGUUCCAAGAUCCUACGAAGCCUCCAAGCCUUUGUGGCGAUAGCUGCCCGGGUCUUUGCCCAUGGAGCAGCCACCCUGACUGAGCCCUUACUGCCAACUGCUUAAGUAUGGCCCCCAGAUUGCCAUGGCUCAGCAAUGAAAAGAUUAAUCUACCAACCCAGGCAUCCAUCAGCCAACAGAAGACCAACUGGCCCAUUAGUACUUUUUGUUGUUGUUUGUUUUGUUUGAGAGACAAGGACAGUUUUGUUAAAGAAUGAUAAUGAUAAUGAUGAUAAUAAUGAUAAUAAUAAUAAUAAUAAUAACAAUAAUAAUAAUAAUAAUAAUAAAAGCCCAGAGCAGGUGGCUCCCUAGAGGAAGGAGGUGGAGAUUAGGAGUAGAGCCACGCCCUUUGCCACGGCAGUUGGCAAGCAAUCACAUGGUAUAAGGGGUAGGAUGUGGGGAGCACAUCAGAGAAACAGCGAGAAGCCCAGAGUGUCAGAAAAAUCAGGAAGAAAAAGGGGAAGUUACACUUUUCUGAGUAGCCGGGAAAAGUGUGCAGGCUCACAGUAUUAAAAGUGGAAUAGGGACUCUGACGCCUAACCUGUGACAAGCUGCGUAUUUAUUAAUCGGGAAGGGGUAUUUUGGUAUUAUUUAUCCUUGUAACAGCAGUUUAGAGGAUUGUUAUUUAUUAUAUUUAUAAGGAAUUAUGUAUUUUUCCC